AUGGGUCACGUGGCGCAAUCCAUGGCUUUCGGUGGUCAUCCUGAGGGUGCCGCGCUGGUCACCAGACAUGACCAGCUGGCUGGCAGUCUGGCUAGGCUGCAGAGACUGGCAGCGAGCAGGCAGGCCGCGCUCGUGGAGAGUGUGUGCAGCGACCCAGAGAGCUUCACCGACGGUUUCCCAACUCGAUAUCCUACAGGACUGAAUAUCACGAGAUAUAGCUAUCAACACUCCUCCUUCAUCCUGUUUGGUGCUCCAGGAGGAAGUAACUCCCAGCAGAUAGCGCUGAGACAGCAGGCGCUCAGUGAGGCGUGGCGGUCACUGCGAGGUGCUGCAGACCUUAGGAGGAAACUGCUGCACCAACACCUGGAAUCACAGACCUUCCUAUCCGAGGAGGAGAGGAGCGUUGCCGCGCGGCAGGUGGCGGGUGGCGUUGGAGCAGCUGAUCGACUGGCGCUGCUUCCUGAGAGACGAUAA